AUGUCUGAAUACGCCAUCCCUGAAGAUGAGAUGAUUUCAACAGAAGACUGUUGGACGGUUAUCUCGUCCUUUUUUGAAGCUAAAGGUUUAGUUUCUCAGCAGUUGGAGUCUUUUGAAGAAUUCAUUGAAUCCUCUAUUCAGGAACUUGUUCUUGAGGAUAAAAAGUUGAUUUUGGAUCAGCCUGCACAGCAUAUCACUGAGGAUGAUGAUAUCAGCAGGAGAUACGAAAUUACCUUUGGAGAUAUCUUUCUUUCAAAGCCAUCUCAGACCGAAGCAGAUGGAACGACCUCUACUUUAUUGCCCCAGGAGGCACGUUUAAGAAACUUGACAUAUUCUGCACCCUUAUAUGUGGAAAUGAAGAAGAUGGUCAAGGAAAGUAUUGAUGACGGUACUACUUCAUCCUCACAACUUCAGUGGUACAAAGAGGGAGAGAUCACGAAAUUCCGGAAUGGAGAAAUCGCUGAGCCGGCUCCCAUUCCAGCUGAUUUCAACGAUGAUGAGGAUGAGGUGGUUGAAGAAAAGCAUGGAACAAAGUUCCACUCUAGUGGUGCCGAAACCCAGACUAUCUUCAUUGGUAAAGUGCCAAUCAUGCUUAAAUCGAAAUUCUGCACCUUGUACGGUCUUACGGAGGACGAGCUCUACGAAAUUAGAGAGUGUCCUUAUGACAUGGGAGGUUAUUUCAUCAUCAAUGGUUCUGAAAAAGUUUUAAUUGCUCAGGAGCGUUCUGCUGCUAACAUUGUCCAAGUUUUCAAGAAGCCUGCACCAUCUCCAAUUUCGCAUGUUGCAGAGAUUAGAAGUGCACUUGAGCAUGGUUCUCGUUUGAUUUCGUCUAUCCAGGUUAAGCUAACUAGAGGAGGUGCUUCAAGCAUGAAAAACGGAGGUGUCGGAAGGUCUAUCAAAACGUCAUUACCAUACAUCAAGUCGGAUAUUCCUAUCGUCAUUGUUUUCCGUGCCUUGGGUGUUAUAGAAGAUGGUGAUAUUCUCCAGCACAUCUGUUAUGAUGAGAAUGACUGGCAGAUGAUGGAAAUGCUUAAGCCAUGUAUUGAGGAAGGUUUCUUGAUUCAGUCUCAGGAAGUUGCCUUGGACUUUAUUGGUAGAAGAGGAAAUGCGGUUGGUAUUAAAAGAGACAGACGUAUCCAAUUUGCCAAGGAUAUCCUUCAGAGAGAAUUCUUGCCGCAUAUUUCGCAGGACAGUGGUUAUGAGACUAAUAAGGCAUACUUUUUGGGAUACAUAGUGAACAGAUUGUUGCUCUGUGCUCUUGAGAGGAGAGAGCCUGAUGACAGAGACCACUUUGGUAAGAAGAGAUUGGAUCUUGCAGGUCCUUUACUUGCCAACUUGUUCAGGAUUCUAUUCCGUAAGUUGUCCAAGGAUAUCUACAGGUACAUGCAGAGAUGUAUCGAACGUGGAGAGGACUUCAACAUUGUUUCUGCAGUCAAGUCGACUACCAUUACUUCUGGUUUGAAGUAUUCUUUGGCCACUGGUAACUGGGGAGAGCAAAAGAAGGCAAUGAGUUCGCGUGCUGGUGUUUCUCAGGUUUUGAACAGAUAUACAUAUGCUUCGACAUUAUCACACUUGAGAAGAACGAAUACGCCGAUUGGAAGAGAUGGUAAGUUGGCCAAACCAAGACAGUUGCAUAAUACGCAUUGGGGUUUGGUGUGUCCGGCAGAAACGCCGGAAGGUCAAGCCUGUGGUUUGGUCAAGAACUUGUCUCUUAUGGCUGGAAUAUCAGUUGGUACCUCAUCUGAACCUAUCAGCUAUCUUUUGGAGGAGUGGGGUUUAGAGCCACUUUCAGAUUAUGAUCCACAGGAGCAUAAGAAUGCCACUAGGGUGUUCUUGAACGGUAACUGGGUUGGUACACAUAGAGAUCCAGGUAUGUUGGUUGAUACCAUGAGACAGUUGAGGAGAAGUGGAACCAUUUCUCCCGAAGUUUCAUUGGUGAGAGAUAUUAGAGAAAGAGAGUUCAAGAUAUUCACGGAUGCCGGUCGUGUGUACAGACCAUUGUUCAUAGUCGACAACGAUCCAGAUUCUCCUCGGAAGGGUAACCUUAAGAUCACUAAAGAUGAUGUUCGCAAAAUUAGAGACCGUGAGGUGGAAGAAAUUGCUCCGGAGGAGGAUGUUGAUGAGGAUGGAAAUCCAGCUGAGCCAAUAAGAAGAGUUUACGGUUGGGAUUCCUUAGUAACGAACGGUAUGGUGGAGUAUUUGGAUGCUGAAGAAGAAGAGACAACAUUAAUUGCGAUGUCUCCCGAGGAUUUGCUUCCUAUGAGCAAGCAAGACCAGAGAAGAGAGGUCGAGUUGGACCCUGCAAAGAGAAUUAAGACGCACAUAAAUAGUCAUUCGUUCACGCACUGUGAGAUUCAUCCUGCAAUGAUUUUGGGUGUGGCAGCAUCCAUUAUUCCAUUCCCAGAUCAUAACCAGUCUCCUCGUAAUACUUAUCAAUCUGCUAUGGGUAAGCAGGCCAUGGGUGUCUAUCUUACGAAUUAUAACGUGCGUAUGGACACGAUGUCAAAUAUCUUGUAUUACCCACAGAAGCCGUUGGCCAAAACGCAGUCUAUGGAAUUCUUGAAGUUUAGAGAGCUUCCAGCUGGUCAGAACUGUAUAGUUGCAAUUGCGUGCUACUCUGGUUACAACCAGGAGGAUUCCGUUAUCAUGAACCAGUCAUCUAUUGAUAGAGGUCUUUUCAGAUCAUUGUUUUUCCGGACGUACAUGGAUCAGGAGAGAAGAAACGGUAUUUCUAUUGUGGAGGAGUUUGAAAAGCCAAACCGUUCAAACACAUUGGGUUUCAAAGUUGGAACGUACGAGAAGCUGGACGAUGAUGGACUUGUCGCUCCUGGUGUGCGGGUGUCUGGAGAUGAUAUCAUCAUUGGUAAGACCGUUCCUAUUCCACCUGAUACCGAGGAGUUGGGACAGAGGACUAAGUACCAUACUAAGAGAGAUGCUUCGACACCGCUCAGAAGUGCAGAAAGUGGUAUUGUGGAUCAGGUGAUGCUCACAACGAAUGCCGAGGGUUUGAAAUUCGUCAAGGUGAGAAUGAGAACUACCAAAGUUCCUCAAAUCGGUGAUAAAUUUGCCUCCAGACAUGGUCAGAAGGGUACCAUUGGUAUGACAUACAGACAUGAGGAUAUGCCGUUUACUGCUGAAGGUAUAGUGCCAGAUAUUAUCAUCAAUCCUCACUGUAUUCCAUCCCGUAUGACGGUGGCUCACUUGGUGGAGUGUCUUCUUUCUAAAGUUGCUGCUCUCAGAGGUUACGAAGGUGAUGCCACUCCUUUCACAGACUUGACUGUCGAUGCUGUUUCUAAAUUGCUCAGAGAGAAUGGCUAUCAGAGUAGAGGAUUUGAGGUCAUGUAUAACGGACACACUGGUAAGAAGUUGAUGGCACAAAUAUAUCUUGGUCCAACCUACUACCAACGUUUGAGGCAUAUGGUUGAUGAUAAGAUUCACGCCAGGGCCAGAGGUCCAUAUCAGAAUUUAACCAGACAACCUAUGGAAGGUCGUGCUAGAGAUGGUGGUUUGAGAUUCGGAGAGAUGGAGAGAGAUUGUAUGAUUGCUCAUGGUGUUGCUGGUUUCUUGAAGGAGAGGUUGAUGGAUUCCUCCGAUGCCUUCCGUGUGCAUGUGUGUGGAAUAUGUGGACUCAUGUCGGUUGUUGCAAACCUCAAGAAGAACCAAUUUGAGUGUAAGUCUUGUAAGAACAAGACUAACAUUUACCAGAUCCACAUUCCCUACGCUGCCAAGUUGAUGUUCCAGGAGCUCAUGAGUAUGAACAUUGCUCCUAGACUUUACACCGAGAAGUCUGGUUAUUCUGUCCGUUAG